AUGGUGCUUGCGCUUUUCCUUCUUACCCACUAUGUUUUCUGUGCGAUAUGCAUGACCCUGCCGGUUCCUUCCGGUUGUUUCAUGCCAAUUUUCGUAUUAGGAGCUGCGAUUGGUCGACUUUUUGGAGAAAUAGUCGCCGUUACUAUUCCUGCCCUUGUUGGUACCGGGCUCAUAGUCGCCGUUACUGUUCCCGCCCUUGUUGGUAAUGGGCUCGUUGUUAACCCUGGUGUCUACUCAGUGGUUGGAAAAGGUGUUAACCAACCUGCACAAAUUUUACCUAAAUGGACUAAAAUCAGUGCUUUGAAAAAAACCAACUUGCCAGAUCCUGUGCCUUCAGGCUCCGGUAUGGCCGUUUUGAUUUCGAAUGCUGUUUGUGCCUAUCUGACGCCUUCAUUCUUUGAUACUAUUAUCAAAAUCAAGCAUUUACCAUUUCUUCCCGAUAUACCGCCUUCAAGCAAUAUUGUCCACAUAAUCCAAGCGGAAAAUAUAAUGGUCUCUCCAGUGCAAUUUGUUACGAAAAUCAUAAGCUAUGCGGACAUACAACAGACGCUUAUCGACGGUCCCGACUUCAAAAUCUUCCCCGUGGUUGGAGAAGAGGCCAGGAGGGAAGAAGCAGGUCGACGUGUAAGGAAGGCUAUUGAGACGAUUGACAUGCAUUUUAGAACAUCGUUCAAGGAGAUAUUUGAUCAUACGAGCACGAUCACUAGUCCUACAAAUACGAGAACAAAGUCGGAGUCAAGUCUUCCACCGAAGUUUACUUUAACUCGCGAAGCACCAGCUGCAUUGCAACGUGAGGAUGAAAAACGAAAUUUAGCUAGAAGACACCUUCAAAAACUUGUGAGAGUAAAAUAUUUACAAAACGAUCAAGAAGAAUUUGUAAGCGACCUUGCACAACUCCUUUUGAAACACCAGACCUUAAAAUUGCUGAAUAUUGAAGAUAUCAUGCAAAGACAUUGGGAAGCAGCUCGGCUCAAUGAAGAAGUUGACCUGACGGAUGACAUCGACCCAGCACCUUUCCAGAUUGUAAAGAAGACGUCGUUAUUCAACGUAAGUCACACAAGCUUCCCUUGCGUUUUCAUAUGCGGGUAAAA